UGAAUGUGAAGCUACAGGCCAGGCUGAGAGCACCUGCAGGAGCUGUGUGAUAAUUUUGACUCCUGUGAGGUGAUUUGGCCUUCAUUCUACUUUGGCCUUGAAGCAGGUGUCCUGGGAAAACAACUAGAGACCGUGAGAAAGUGAAGAGCCAUAAGCCGUAGCAAAUGGGAAGCAGAAGAGUGAAGAAGUGUAACAGUGAGCCCACUAUACAGGACUAACUUCCCAGCAGGCAUGAGGGCAGGCGGGUUUCCUCAGUUUCCUGCCGGAGAGAAGCGCUUGGGGAGCGGCGCCGUGUAGCUCAUGAGCCAGACUCCCGUGCUUCUGUCACACAGUAGGGGAGGAGGGAGACUGGGAGGGGGGUGAGGAGAGCGGAGGAGGGAAGCCGAUGUACAGCGAAGGGCUGGGAGGCUUGUUUCCCUCGCACAACAGCAGAUUAAACAAUAACAGGAACAAGUCUGUGCCGGGAGACUCCAGGCCAGUGGAAGGGAAGCGAUAGGAGCCGCUGCUGCUGUUACUUCUCCUUCAGCACCAGCAGGGGAAGCCGCAUGUACCCAGGGGACAGCCCUGCACUCUGACGGACACAGGAGGGGGAGCCAACCCCAGAGCGGACUGGAGGAGGAAGCAUGUCCCUUCAACAGUGAUAUUUCCGGGGGAAGGGACCGGACACCUGCCGCUAGUGCCUACAGGGAGGGGACCUGAUACCGAGCUCAGACCCGGAGGCAGCAGGAGGUUGGGACAAACUUGGCACCGGGGAACUGCGGGAGAGAGGAGCCCAACGGGUUUGCUUACUCGCCGAGACAAGGGGACAGAUUUAUAAGAAGGGGGAGGCAGCCGCGUAAGGAGAGAAAAUGCUUUCUGCAAGCCCCCUCUAUGGGAACGUGCACAGCUGGAUGAGCAAUGAGAGGGUCCGCAUGUGUGGUAUCAGUGAAGACAGAAAAGUCCUUAUUAACGAUGGGGACAUUCAGAAAGCAAGACUUGAACUGAGGGAAGAUCAUCUUGGUCACACCUUGGUGGAUGCAGCUGCUGUACAUCGUAUUGACAGCCUAACAGCUCUUACCAUGGAUCGCACUGGACUUAUGCAGGAAGGGAUGAGAGUUCCGAGUGGUAUGGUGUAUCCUAGUUUGUGUGGUCUUGGCUCAGAGAAGGUCCGUGAACCUUCCGGCACCAUUCCUGGACUUGGAUAUGUGUCUGACAGAAAUCCCGAUCUGCAGUACAAACCUACUGCUGCUGAAACUAUGGAUAAUUCUCACAUGUCUAUGAAACAGUCAAAUGGAUUUAAUCCUUUGUUCAAAACACCACCUGGACUACAAAAGGCACCUGUUCCUACCAGCGAAUCACUUGUAAUGGACAGAUCAGCAAGUGACAAGCAAAAUCCUUUAAGUGUUAAUGGUGCUAAUUACUUGAGGAUUCCGUGGAUGAAUCCAUACAUGGAGAGCACAUCACCAGCUAUGUAUCCCUUUAUUGAUUCACCAAAUAAGUAUUCAUUAAAUAUGUAUAAAGCAUUUCUACCUCAGCAGUCUGCUUACAGCAUACCACAGCAUUUGGCCUACUCACCAGUCUGUCCCAAUGGUGAACGAUUUGUCUACAUACCACCUUCACACUAUGUAGGGCCUCAUAUUGCAUCAGGUCUAGCACCAUCCAUAAAAAUACCUCCACCAUCAGCUACACCUGCAAUUCCUACUUCAGUACACUGUUUAGAAAAGAAUUUACCUUGGAAAAUGGGAGUAAGCCCUGGAUCUGCAGUUGACUCGCAUGCAUAUUCGCAUCUCCCAAACAGCAAACAACCAAGGGUCACAUGUGUUAAAUCUACAACUGGGAAUAUCUCACCAGAGCCUGCUCUGCUUCUAAAUCCUUCUCAGAGGCCAUCUUCUAGACUUCACUGCCCAGUCCAGCAAGUUGGAGAUAGCUUUUCAGAGUUUCAGACUCCAUUUGCCAAAAUUCCAACACCGCCUACUUCCAUUGUCCACUCAAAGCCACUCUGUAAUGUUAGCAAUGAUUUCACCCCUUUAAGGAUCCCUAACAUAAAAGUUCAUAAAAAUCAUGAGCCUGAAAUCGCACAGGUGCAAGCACCACUGAAAAAGAAUAGGGAUAGAAAAGAAAGCAAAUCUCCAGUCUUGGUGCAGAAACAAAUGCCUCAUAAAGAUGGAGGAGAAAAACCACUAGAUUUGUCUUCCAAGUUUGGUGAUGCUGAUAUUUCAAAAGUGGAAUGUACAGAGAAUGCACCAUCUAUUUUACAUCUUGCUAGCCAUGUGAAUACUAUGGGUCUGUCCAGCAGGGAUGCUCAUAAAGAAGCCAUUUCCCCUCCUACAAAUAGCAGUGGUAUAGUUAGACCUGAAAUUAUCAGUACCGCUGCAUCUUCAUGGGUGGUUCCUGGUAUUACUCAUACUGAAGAGACUAAUGGCAUCAUUAUGUCACUUAAAAACAAAACUCUGGAGAGAGUGAUGCCUCAGCAAAGAAGCUCUUCAUGUCCUCGAAUGGGAAGCUCUGAAAGUGUAGUAUGUAGUAAUCCAGGAAUUGUCCCUGCAAUGGGUCGGCCAGCUUCUGCUUCCCCUGCCCCAAACGCUAAUGCAGAAGUCAGAAAUCCAGAAGACUGUAAUAAAUCUGUUAUUCAGCAGGUGCCUACAUCUGUUAGCACCUCUGUUAAAAAUAGUAGGGCAGUGAAAUCAUCUGUUCCAGAGUCCACCAUGAAAGUAAAUGAGAAUAGUAUGCCCCCUGCUGCACCUAUGUUUGUCCAUCAGAGUGAGCCUUUUUGUUCUCCUCCCUUGGCAUACCCAAGCAGUUUUAUCCCCUAUCAAGUUUCGGAGACCCUUGCCUUGUCACAUCUACACUUGCAUAACAAAGCUCCUGUAUAUCCCCACCCUGUUUUGCUUUCCAAUGGUAGUCUUUUUCCUGGGCCUAUGGCACCAAAACCAGGAAUCCCUUACAGUAUGCCUACUAACAGAGAUUACAUGACUUAUCAAGACACCUUAGGCAUGGUCCAUCCGAUUUUAUUACCACCAACGACUAUAGAAAUGAGCAAGGACGGACAAGAAAGAAGAUCUAGAUCUCAUGAGAGACCUAGGUAUGACGAUUCUCCACCCAGGAGUAGGCUGUUAGAUAUUUCUGACUCAAGCUCAAAAUUAAGUUUUGAAAUACCUGCUGACAAAGCCCUGAAGGUCCAUCAUGGUUCCAGACAUGUUUCAAAACCAGAGAAGUUGAGCACAAAUGCAGAAAGAGAUGCAAAAUGCAACACUAACUUGGCAGUGAAAUUAAAAACAAAUGAUGUGACUGUGGAGAAACCAGAACAGGGAUUGCAGAACAGAGAUCUUAUAACUAGAGAAGAGAUUCAGAGAACAAAUGAAUUUCACAGAUCUUUUCAAGUUUCCAGACCUACACUAGAGUCACCUGUUUUUCACUACAGGCAGGAGAGCCCUUUAGGCAACCAAAACGCAGACUGCAGUGCAGCUGAGGCUUGUGCUAGGUUUUUGGCACCACCCGAGAGCAAUGACGUUCCUGUUGGACAUUUUAGCAGAGGACAGGAGAAAUCGCAGCCUUUUCUUGGGUCAAAUGGACAUUCUGAUAUUGAAAUGAUUGAUUCCCUUGGCAGAGAUGCUGCUGAUGAAUUUGAAACAAUUAAUGGAAAACUUGUCAAAACAAAAUCCUCAAAACUGACAAAAAGGAUAGCAAACUCUGCAGGUUAUGUGGGGGAUCGGUUUAAAUGUGUGACAACAGAGUUGUAUGCGGACUCAAGUCAACUCAGCCGAGAGCAGAGGGCUUUGCAAAUUGAAGGCUUAGAAGAGGACAGUAUUUUAAGUCCACCUGCUGCUUACUGUGAGCGUGCAAUGAUGCGUUUCUCAGAGCUGGAGAUGAAAGCGCAGGAAGAGCACAUGCCAUCCAAAGACUCCGAGUCCUGCAAAAAUGUUACAGAGUGGGAGGAGCUGAAACCUGCUGUAGCAAAACCUGUGGUGGAACAUUCUGGCAAUAUCCAAAUGGAAGGGCUUGAAAAGAGCACUCUUGUGAAUAUGGAUGAAAUUGCAAAGUAUCCCGAGAGAGAGUACCUGAAAAGGGACUGCCACUUUGAGAGAAUGAAUCUGUAUGAAGAAGCAGUGCUCCCAACAGAUAACUUCAGUCAAAGGCAUUGUCUGAGUAUAAAGAGAAAGCACCCAGAGGACAUUCAGCCAGAGGAAUUCCUGCACAGCUUAACCACAGAGGAGGCAUUGCGAGAGGAGACACAGGCUAAAAGAAAAAAGAUUGAUGACUACUGUGGAAAUGAUCUGGUAGACUGUUCAUCAAAGGCUCUUGCAGAGUCCCAUUCUAAUGAAGUUACCAAUCUCAAAGUCUGUAUAGAGUUAACUGGACUCCACCCUAAAAAGCAACGACACCUGCAGCAUCUCAGGGAACUCGGCCAGCAAUGCAGAAGGGACUCAAGUGAAAUCAGAGUGGUUUCAGAGACUGAAAAUAAACUGAGACCAUGGGAGGAAGAGCAGUCAAUCAAGAAGAAACCCGAAAGUAAAUGCACAAGUGGCCUGGAGAGCAUAAAAACUGACAUCCCUGAAGAAGACACCUCUGUUCCUCUGCACCCUAAAGGAUUUACAUCUGGCUGCCCAAGCAGCAAGCAACAGAAUCAGACACAUUCCACCCUAGUCCCUCGGUUGGGAUCCAAACAGCAGAAGAUCAGAGAUGGUCGCAAGUCAAAUGUGCAGAAUGCCGAUGAAGAGGGGGGUCUCCAAGACACGUCAUUGCUUGAAGAUUACACAGACUGUGAGAAGCCCUCUGGAAAACGCCAGUGCAAGACAAAGCACCUGGCACCACAAGAGAGGAGAAGGAAAAAGUUGUCAGUCAGUGGGGAUGACAGCACAGAUGAGAAGGUUGUCUUAAGGGGACACAAAAAACAUGCAGAAGGCAGUUCCGAUGAUUCCCCAGUCAAAACCCAAGAGCAAAUGGCUCCUGCAAUACAGACACCAUCAUUAUCUUUACCUCUACCCAAUACUGUUCAGGAGGCUACACCAAGUCGACCCAUGCCACCAGAAGCACGCCGCUUGAUUGUCAACAAAAAUGCUGGGGAAACUCUUUUGCAGAGAGCUGCACGUCUUGGAUAUGAGGAAGUUGUCUUGUAUUGCUUGGAAAGCAAGUCAUGUGAUGUAAACCACAGAGACAAUGCAGGCUACUGUGCACUACAUGAGGCCUGUGCUCGGGGCUGGCUGAGCAUUGUAAGGCACCUUCUGGAGCAUGGGGCAGAUGUCAACUGCAGUGCUCAAGAUGGAACCAGACCAAUCCAUGAUGCAGUGGAGAAUGACCACCUAGAAAUUGUACGAUUGUUGUUGUCUUAUGGAGCUGACCCCACACUGGCAACCUACUCAGGCAGGACAAUUGCAAAAAUGACACACAGUGAAGCAAUGGAAACUUUCUUAACAGAGUAUUUAACUGACCUGCAAGGGCGCAGCUGUGAUGACCCUGGAUUGUCAUGGGAUUUUUAUGGAAGCUCGGUUUGCGACCUUAAAGAAGAGAGUGGAUUUGACAUUUUGGCCAAUCCUCCUGGGCCAGAUGAGGAAGAUGAUGGUUAUAUGGAUGCCUUUGAAUUUGAGUUCUCAGACAGCCCUCUUUUGCCUUGCUAUAACAUUCAGGUGUCUCUUUCACAGGGGCCCAGAAACUGGAUGCUGCUUUCAGAGGUGACAAAGAGACUGAAGAUGUCGUCACAGACAUUUACUGCUGAGAAUCCUCACCUUGAGAUAGUCACUAUUACUGAGGCGGAAUUCUACAAACAAGUGUCAUUAAGUCAACUCUUCUCUUCUCCAGAAGGCCUUGAAGGAUUCAGUCCAGACAGCAGGGAAAUGGUGGAUCUUGUAGAAUUCACAAACGAACUGCAGACUUUAUUGGGGUCUUCAAUUGAAUGGAUAGACCCUGAAAAUGAAACUACUUACAGCAGCUGUUAAACAGCCAGACCCCCCAUAAUGUGUACUAUAAUACUGAUCCAUUAUUUGUGAAUAUGUUUCAUACUAAGGAAACACUAUAAUAGAGGUUUCAGUGUACAGACAAGUGAUAUAUCCUUAAAUGGGACCUUUUUUUUGUUUUUCCUUCUCAGAAACCCUAAAUCAAUUUAUAGAGACCUGAAUAGCCUAAUCAUUCGGUGCACAUUUGCUUUGGGGAGUAACAUUUUGUUUUAAUCUGUAACACUUUAUUUUAUUAUUAUUGUUAUUAUUUUAAUACAUUUGACUUUUUCAAAGCACUGAAUGCACGGGAGAUACUUUAUAAUUUGUACUGAAUUCAAAGUCAUGUGGAUCAAGGAGAGGCACUUCGCGACAUUUUUAUGUUUACAGAAUUACCUGCCUUGGGUAAUAUUGGAUGUAAUCCAGAUUUCUUUUGUAAUAUAGAUGGAAAUAUAAAUAUAUAUAUAUAUAAAUCCACUGAAAUGUGUUUUGAAUUUUUGUAUUCUAAUUUAAAAUUUUACUUUUCACACUUCAGUUAGAUGCGCUGUGUGUCUGUGUGUGUACGAUGUCUGUUUAUAUAUCACACACAUCAGACUGAUGCAUCGCUAUACAUAUAUAAAUAUAUACAUACAUUCAGACAUAUUAUACUCUAAUUUAAAAAUGAAAAAUGCUUUGAACUAUUUUUUCCCUUGUAACUUGUAAAAUAUUCAGAUUGUAACAUAAAGAAUUAUGGUUGGGUUAAAUUGUAUAUAUAUACACAAAAAAAAUUCCUGAGAUGUGUGUGCAAUGUUUUGAGAUCUGUGUUUAAACUUUGUAAGUAAACCACCUGCCUUUGUAUUUAUAUUUUACAAGACUUUUUCUUAAAAAGGCAAUAAAACCGCUCAGUAAAUGGAAA